GUCGGCCAGCCGUUGGUGGUCGAGCUGCGGCUGACCAACGACGGCCCUCACGACGCACACCUGCAGCUGUCCAUAGCCGUCAUGGACCUCUCAGCCGCGCCCCCGCCCGGCGACGCCUCGCCCGGCGCCGCGGCUGGCGGGGCGGCGGCAAGCGGGGCCGGGGGGCUGGACGGAGGGCACCCUGCAGGCUUGAGCGGCGGCUCUGGCGGCGGCGGCGGCGGCGGCGCAGGAGGUCUGCUGCUGACGGGCGGCUGCGAGCGCGUGACGGUGGCCGUGCCCUGCGGCGGCGGGGGCGCCCUGCGGCGGCUAGGGGUCCUGCCUGUGCGGCCGGGGCUGUAUGAGCUCGGGUUGGGGGACGUUGUCACCGCAGCAUCGGCAGCUGCUAAUGGGCGCAGCGGCGGCGGCAGUGGGGGUGGUGAUGACGUGUACCUGACUCAGGACCGGCUGUGGCUGCUG